UGAAGGUGGUCUGUGACUGAAAAAAAAUCAAAAAUCAAUUUCCAUGGCUAAAAUUAGCAGCUUAAGAAUCGAUCACAGAACCGGUUUUUGUUCUUCCAAUUCUACUUUCUAUGGCAAACACACUCCCUUUCCACUUCCAUCCACAUUCAUCUCCUCUUACCCUCACCACGGCAAAAUCGCCUUCAUCGACGCCACUACCGGCCGCCACCUCUCCUUUGCCGAGCUUUGGCGUGCGGUUGAAUCCGUUUCAACUUGUUUAUCCGAUUUCCGUAAUACGGAAAGGCAACGUCGUUCCCAUCAUCGCACCGAACUCCAUCUUCUUCCCCAUCGUUUGACUCUCUCCGUGAUGCAUCUCGGAGCUAUUAUAACAACCAGCAACCCCUUAAACACGUCCCGCGAAAUCGCGUUUCAUAUUGCCGAUUCGAAACCCGUCCUCGUCUUCACCACCGGCCAAGUCGUUCCGAAACUGGCUGGAUCGUCCCUGCCCAUUGUACUUCUCGACACGACCGAAGCCACUGGACAAGUCAAAAUAGUUGGUACCAUUAAUGAGAUGAUAAAGAAGGGUCCAACGGACCGGAUCGGAGUCAGGGACCGAGUGUACCAGGAUGAGGCGGCGAGUCUACUUUGUUCGUCGGGUACGACGGGUGCAAGCAAGGGGGUAAUAUCAACUCACAGAAACCUAAUGGCACUAAUGCAAUUUCUCCAAUACUUGACCUUCCCAGAGGACGGAGAGCAAACCUAUUUCUGCACCGUUCCCAUGUUCCAUAUCUACGGCUUCGGAGCCUUCGCCAUUGGGAAGCUGACGAAAGCGAAGUUCGACAUGCACGUGAUGCUGUCGACAAUCCAGAAGUACCGAGUCACUUGCCUCCCACUCGAGCCACCUAUACUCCUGACGUUGGUGAAGGAAGCUGAUUGGAUACGAAAGCAGUACGAUUUGAGCUCGCUGCAGUCAAUCCUGUGCGGCGGCGCUCCGCUGAGCAAGGAUUUAAUCAGUAGUCUUCUUGAGAAGUUUCCAUUGGUUAAAAUACGUCAGGGGUACGCUUUAACAGAGUCGACGGGGUUUGGGGCAUCAAUGCAUAGGGCGGAGGAGUGCCGGAAGUACGGCAGUGUAGGGCUGUUGUCGCCGAACCUGGAAAGCCAAAAUCGUUGACCCCGAAACUGGAACGGCGUGAAAUGUCAAUGAGAAAGCGAGCUUUGGCUAAGGGGGGCCCUCUGUCAUGAAAGGUUAUCUGAACAACGCAGAAAUGACAGCAGCAACAAUUGAUUCAGAAGGAUGGUUAAAGACGGAUGAUCUUUGUUACAUUGACGAUGAUGGUUACCUUUAUGUUGUGAACAGGUUGAAGGAGCUUAUCAAAUACAAG